GUUGAGCUCCAAGAUGGCGCUGCCGUGGAUGGGCACGGAGACGGGGAGAAACGCCGGUAAUAACGAAUUUAUGACCGACCACACGUCGAACGAGAUGGACCUGAUGAAGGCGGACCUGGAGGGCGGGAUGAUGAACACCCAGUCCUGCGUGGACCACUCCAUCCUCGCCAUCUUCGAGGACUCCAGGGCUGACUCAGAGGAUAAGAUCGACGUGGAGGAGGAGAGCGAGUCCUCUCUGCUGACGGCGCUCACCGAGAUCCUGGACAGCGUCGAGGACGACGGCGGCACGCUGUCGCCGUUCGACACGCUGCCCGCCUCCGAGUACCUCAACGAGCAGCGCGCCAGGAACCCUUCGUCGGACGGCCGACAGCGGAAGCCUAAACUCCGCUCCUCCACGCUGGUCUUCACCCAGAGGAGCGAGGAGGGGGAGGAGGAGGAGGUCCCGACCCCCACCCGCCGCCGUGGCGCCCCAGCCCCCCCCAGAGCCCCCUACCGCAAGGAGCUGCGCUGCACGGCCUCCCUCCGGCUGCGGGCGGAGCGGGAGGUGGAGCGGGAGGUGGAGCUGUCCCUGGUCAGCCUCGUGCGCCUCAUGCACCCCUACUGCCUCCAGGUGCACCUGGAGGAGGACGGGGGGGCCUGGCCCCGCCCCGGCCCCCCCGCCCUGCCCUCCCAGGGGGAGGUCCUGAAGUACGUGCGGCCGUCGGAGGACAGCGACGAGGAGGUGGACGUGGACCUGCUGGACGACGAAGAGGAGGAGGAGGAGGAGGAGGGCGGCGCCCGGCCGGACGCCACCGCGGAUGAGGCGGGGCUUAAGGGCGUGCUGGUGACCCGCAGCGGGCCCCCGGGGGCCCGGGAGAAGAAGAGGGUGAGCUUCGGCCCCGUGCUGGUGGCCAGCAUCGAAGAGGAAGAGGGGGAGGAGGACGCCGGCGCCGCCCCGGUCGCCGCCCCCCCCCCGCCGCCCCCUGGGGGCGUGCAGGCGGCCGGGCUGCUCCCCCCGGUCAGACCCAGGGCCCUCAGCCUGCAGCAGUACCGACAGCUACGGCAGGACAGACGCCCCCUGGUGGAGAGGCCAGGCGACAGCACCCCGGGCUGGCCCCUGCUGUCUGAGACCCCCCAGGGGCUGCCCCCCUUCCUCUGUCUGCAGGGGUCCGUGAAGACGCCCCGCGGCCCCCCCGGGGGGCAGUCCUCCUCCCUCAGGGCCCCCCCCCCGCAGAGCCAAGCGCCCCAGGCCUGA